UACAGAAUAGAAAAAAUGAAGACCCGAUCCGUUUUCAUCUAUUUAAUUGUAUCUUUAAUAGCAAUUAGUGAUUCUUUAGGAGAUAACACUAAACUCAAAGACUUUGUCAGGUAUUCUAGAAAUAAGAAAUCUAAUGACGGAGAUAACAAUCAGGAUUCUAAUAAGGACGACGAUAUAUUACACACAGAAAUUUCAAAAGUAUUAAAUGAGUGUAGCUCAAACAAUAACAAAAAUAAUAAUAACAGGUAUACAACAAAUGGACAGUCUUCUGAUACAUACAGAAGAAUAGCUGACAACGGAAAUUAUUACAAAUACGUUGGAUAUAACAACAACGAUAAUAAUAAUAAUGAUAGAUAUAGAAACUCAAGAAAUAACUCAAAUGCGAAUAGCAACUUUGAUAAGAGAAAUAAUGGCGAUGAUUAUAAUGAUAAUGAUAAUAAUCCUUAUACAAGAAAUGAUCAUAAUAGCCGUGAUAGUGGUACUGACUCAAAUAGUAAUCAUGGUGAUUACUAUAACGAUAAUCCUUAUUCUAGUGGCAGUAAUAAUAAUGAUCGUUAUGGGUAUAACAACAAUAAUAAAAACUGUAACUGCAAUGAGUACGGAUGCAGUACAUUCAAUAACCAAUACAAUACUGACAGUAGUAAUAAUGGUCAUGAAUUAGAGUAUGGUAACGAAAAUCAAGGUUAUAGUUAUAACUAUAACAGUAACGGACGUGAUAAUAUGGCUGGCAGUAAUAUGAGAUCCGCUCAAGAUGAAGGGAUCUAUGGAUAUAAUAGACAGUAUGCCCAUCAAAAUAUACGUGAUCGCAAUGAAGACUUCUACAGUUAUGGACGAAGAAAACGAAGUAACAAUAAUAGCAAAACUAACAGCGAUAGCAAUAAUAAUAACCAAUGCGUGAGUCAAUGUAUAUUCAACAACAUGGAAUUGCUAGAUGAUGAUGAAUUACCAUCGGAAACAUUGAUGAUUAAAUGGAUCCAAGAACAUGUAACCGAUGACGAUAUGAAAAGAAUAAAAUAUUUGAGAGAAAUUAGGAAAUGUUUCAACAGAUUAUCCACAAGUGAAAUUAACGACGGCUGUGAGUAUUCUAACGAGUUAGCCAAGUGCCUAAAUUUGGAUGUUGAUUAAAUAUAUAUAUACAGAAUAGAAAAUAUGUUUACAGUAGUCUGCAACUCAUAUUAAUAUUUGUAUUGUGAUUUUUUCCAUGAAUAAUUAAAUUUUCAGCUUCAA